AUGGCUUUGAGCUCGCCUCUUCUAUUGCUCACCAUCAUAUCGAAUGCUGGCGAGUGGAUGUAUCUCGAAGGACUUCUCCAGGCCGAUGAUGUCGCAAAGCAGCAUCGAACUGCGCUGCAAGCCCUCCAGAAGGCGAUUGGUCUUGCACACCAACCAAGCUCGCGCACAUCUGACCUGUCUGGGACGAGUCCAAAAGCCCUCGACGUCGGAUUGGACACACUGGGUGCUGUUCUAAUGCAGGUCACCAACUCGUACUUCCUAGGAUGGGGGCCAGUGCAGUAUCAUCUAGACGCAGCCAGUCAUUUGAUCCAGGAACUCGGAAUCUCAUCCUUCAAGGGUGACGAUUUCAUGUCUUCGUUCCUACUUCAACGAUUUAUCCUGCUCGACGUCUGGAGCGCCAUGUUGCAGAAUCAUCGACCCCUUCUACCGAGUGGGCACUGGGCCCUGCAGCCUGAAGCAAUGCUGGACUCUCGAGACCCGUCGUUCCGCGAGAUGACGGGCUGUCCGCAUCCUGUGAUAUGUAUUCUGUCGCGUAUAUGUCACCUGGUAGCCGAUCUAGGCAAGGAAGACACCUCGGAUAUUCUACGUGUUGCCUUCAUCGCUGAGAACGAUCUGCGCUUAUACGGAUCAACGACAGGUAUACAUGAAAAGGUUCAAGAACAGGACGCACAAUCCGACUAUGAGAUAUUGGCCCGUUGUUGGUACUGGUGUGCUCAUCUCCUCAUACAACGAAGGAUCUAUGCAGAUCCAUGGUCGUCUCGCCGGGUUUCCGAGACUGUCUAUACGCUCACAGCACUAGUCGAAUCUAUCUCAAGCUCAUCGAAGCUCUAUCAGAAGGUAGAGACCUUUCUAUGCGUGCUUGCUGUGGAAGCCGAAGAUGAAGUGGUCGUACAAUGGAUACUGAAGAAAAACAAGGCUCUGGCAAAGCGAACUCCUAGCAGAACAAGAGACGAUAUUGUUGGUGCAAUGACUGCUCGGAUCCGCGGGAAGCCAGGCUAA